ACAGUGACAAGCUGUCUACGCCUUUCAUCUCCCAACCAUCUCCCGAAAUCGCUCCUCACUCUUUAUUUCUUCUUCUUCUUCUUCUUCUUCUCACUCCCCACAACCCACAUUUCUGUGUCUGUGGCUCCGAGCUCUAUCCUGCAACAAUGGCAAGCAGGGCCAUGGGGCAGUUCUCCUACCACAGGCUCACGCCCGAGGGCGAAGAUCUGCUGGAUGUUUCCGAGUUUCCAUGGCGGUCGGCUUCCCGAAGCUGGACGAGAUCAUCGGGGAGGUUUCAGUUCAGGAGGCGGAGGUCCAGGCUGAGAGUCCCCAGCUUGGGGAGGUUCUUUAAGAGGAGGAGAAGCUUUCUGUCUGCCUUCAGGGCGUCCUGCAGGAAGGUGGUGAAGAGGUUGGUGGAGGGCAGAGCCCAUUUUGGGGAGCUGUUUGCUGGGAACUAUAUGUUCAUGCAGGUGACGGCUGGGGCUCCUUCCAUGGGGUACUGCUUGGACAAGCAAUUCAUGGCCCAGCAGUACUCCAAGUAUCUGCCUUCUAAGGUUGCUGCUUGAAGUUUCUGGGUUUCUUUGUUCAGCGACCGCUUCAUUUUCUUUGAUCUUUCUUCUCUGGUUUCCCUUGGGCUUCUUGGGAGUUCGUUUCUGCUACUGUCAUGGCCGCCGUAGGGCACAAAUCUCAUCGUUUUCCGAGUACAGAAACCCUUUUUCUUUUUUAUUUGUUGAGUUCCACAUUUUCUUUUCUUUUUCUUUCUCUUCUCUGGCUUGUAAAGAACAUGAAUACCAAAAAAACUUCCGCGGAAAGUGAUUUUCUUUGUGUUAA